GACACACACACACACACACAGCUAAAGUGUGUUCCGUGUAGUUUCCUCCGGCUCUGACAGAGGACACGCUCUCCUCUCUGCCCCGUGUUCGUGUGAGUGGGACCGUGUGGGACUAAUAAACACCGCCUUCGCCUUUUUGUGUUACUUUGCUACUGUUAGCGUCUUUUCACGCGGUUUUCCUGUGUACACUGGUCCUUAUCACCCACUGCAGCCAGGACUCCCACUCUACGGACAAGAGUACAGUUUGACUGAGAGGAUGAAGGCGAGGACUCCUGGCACUUUGUGGCAUUUGUAGCAGUAUCGGCAACACUGGCAGCUUUUCCAGCUCCUGUUUGACACCCCUGUCUGUAGCAGAGCUCACCAUGAGUUAGAGGGCGUCGGAGAGCGUCACCACAGCUGCCUUCCCCGCCAUCUGGAGACUGCAGCAUCACUCGCCCCGCUUCAUGAGCCAGCAGGAUGCGGCUGAGGUCCUCGCACUCUCCGAGCGCCUCCUCGUAGCUUCUCAUAAAGGACAGGCCGACAAUGUGGUCCAGCUUAUCAACAAGGGGGCAGAAGUAGCAGUUACCAAGUAUGGCAGAAGCCCACUGCACUUGGCUGCCUAUAAGGGCCACAUUGAGGUUGUGCGUAUCCUGCUUAAAGCUGGGUGCGACCUGGACAUCCAAGACGACGGAGAGCAGACGGCGUUACACCGGGCUGCUGUGGUGGGUAACGGUGAUGUCAUCAGCGCUCUCAUCCAGGAAGGAUGUGCACUGGACAGACAGGAUAAGGAUGGAAACACGGCGCUGCAUGAAGUGUCCUGGCACGGCUUCAGCCAGUCUGUCAAACUGCUGGUGAAAGCCGGAGCCAACGUUCAUGCCAAAAACAAGGCAGGAAACACAUCUCUCCACCUUGCAUGUCAGAAUGGUCAUGCUCAGAGUUCCAAGGUUCUGCUGCUGGGAGGCUCCAGGCCUGACAGCAAGAACCACUUGGGGGAAACCUGUCUCCAUGUGGCCGCCCGCUACAACCACAUAGCUAUCAUCCGCAUCCUGCUGGGAGUCUUUUGCUCUGUGUCUGAUAAGAACCUGGCUGGAGACACGCCGCUUCACGUGGCUGCUGCUCUGAAUCAUAAGAAAACAGUACGCCUGCUGCUGGAGGCAGGGGGAGACAGCCACAUCUGCAACAAUGCAGGUGAAACAGCUUUGGACACGGCUCGAGAACACAACAACCCAGACGUGGCUCUGCUUCUCACCAAAGCUCCACAGGUGCAGAGCUUUGCGCGUGGCAGGAGUGUGAGGAAGAGGAGGGACAAGCUGAAGGCAGAAGGCAGAGCUCAGUCGGUGCCUAGAGACGAGAUGCUGCCCUGUAAGGACAGUGCUUCUGCUGCGGACGAUAGCCAGAGCAGUGACCGAGCUGCGUGCAAACACACUAACGUGACUGAAUCGCACACCAAGAGGGCGAAGAACAGGAAGCCAAAGGAAAAGCCGGUUUUGUCUGACCCCCCGCGCCGCAGAGAGACGAGACACAGCGAAGCCUUUCUCAGGAGGAAGGCAAAGCUGCGAGCAGUGUCUCCAAACGCAACCACUCCUCCACACAACUUCAAAGCCUAUCAACUUUACACACUGUACCGUGGCAAGGAUGGCAAGAUCAUGCAGGCUCCUCUGAACGGCUGCCGCUGUGAACCUCUCAUCAGCAAACUGGAGAACCAGCUGGAGGCCACUAAGGAGGAGAUGAAGACUGAGAUCCACACUGUGCAAGACCUGAUGAACAGCAAGAUGGGCCAGCUCGACCGCAAGAACAAGCACCAGAUCCGUGCUCUUGAUAAGAUAACAGUGGAGAGAGUGUCGGCCGAGAGGAGCGAGUGUCUGCAGAGGAUGGAGCAGCUGACUGUGCAGGAGCGACUGGAGGCAGAGAAGAGACAGCAGGUAUCUCUGAUGAGUGACUUGAAGAGCUGGUGUCUGUCCAAACUGCAGAACAUGGAGUUCCGCUUCACAGGAGACUCGGGCAGGAGUAAGACGCAGCUGCAGCGCUCGUCCUCGCUGGCUGAAGAUCUGACUGAAGCUGACGGAGCUGAUGGAAGCGGCCUCACCGCUCUGUCUGCAGGAGAUGAGGGCGCCUCACACAGCCCAGAGAUCCACACCAGUCCUACACUCCUGGACUCUGAUCACGGUGAUGUCAGCGUGCCUGAGAGUGGAUCAGCCAACCAUUACUUUGUCGUUCAUAUGGAGAGCUCACCAGAUGGCGAUAAAGCACAGAAGGCAGAAGCCACCUCUCCUGCAGUGAAGAAGAAGCAGCUGUCAUCUGUCCAGGUGGUCCGGCCAAAAGAGCGCUCAGCGAUAUGUGCCGACACCCAGAGGAAGGACCAGGACCUGCACGGCGCGAGUGGGGGCAGAGGUCACCGAGCCAGCAGCCUGUCCCCUGCCACAGAGCGCCGCUGCAGCAGCAGGACAGACACUGGAGUCAGAGACAAGGAGCGAGGCCGUGACCGAGGGAAGCACCAUAAAAAACAUUCCCAGGGCAGGACUCACUCCAGAGGAGCGAGAGGAGCCCGGACCCUGGAGGUGUGCGCGGAGCCGCCCGGCGACGCCUCGUUCGCUCAGGAGCGCGACAACAUGCACGCCCUGGAGGUGACGCAGUACUUCUUUGAGGCGGUGUCCACGCAGAUGGAGCGCUGGUACGAGAGGAAGGUGCAGGAGGCUCGUUGGCAGGCCAGUCAGAGAGCAGAGGCCGAGAGGGCUGCUCUGGUGGAGCGCAUCACUUAUCUGGAGGACGAGCUGCGCAUGCUGAGGACCGACCGACGCGAGUGCUGACAGAAACCACACGGGAUUACGUUUUUACCUUAAUCCAGCAGAUGCGAUGUGUCAUGUUUUCCUCCUGGACGACCUGAGCAGAGCUACUGAAUUCUAGCUUCUUUUUUUAUACGUUUGACUUAAAGCCUAAACCCUGACGGACGUCAUGGUCGAUGUGUACAUACAGAACUAUAGAAAUAGAGGCAGCUCUUGUGCACUGUGCUGUAAAUAACCCAGUAACUGUAAAGCUAGACAUUGAACAGAUACAUCAACACUGUGUCCACAAACAUAACUGCUCAGACACGGUGUCUUCACAUGGGACACGGUGUCACACAGUGUUCGUCUGCAUGGAGGGAAUCUCAGUAUAAUAAGCUUCUAUUACAUGAAACCACCCACUGAUUAUUAGACUUAGCUGCCACUGUACACAUAAACCAGAGUGGAUGUUUUUACUGUGUCCAUACUUUAUUCAGCUGCAUGAUGGGAUUUGUAUGGAGGCUGGAGAAUGACAAUAGAAUACUAACUAUAGACGUUUGCAGUGUUUUAAUACAGUUAUUUUUCAACAUGAAGCCUGGGGAAAAAAAAGCAGACGACUUUAAAGUACCUUUUUGUACAUCUCAGUUAUGGAAAUAUGGACGCAUUUUUCUGGUUUGCAGGGUGAGUCUAACCAGGAAGUGGUCACCAGGGGGCGACACUGCUUGCGCUGUAUGAACUACGACUCCUAAUUUCAUUCAUUAUCACUAAACAUUUUCCUGAGGAUUUCAUAGUCUCAGCUGCUAGUCGCUAAAAACCCCUUUAGUAAAUGUCGACUUCUGUUUCCAUGUAGUGGAAAAAAGCACAUGUGAGAGGACACUGUGUGACUGACAGCUUGUUCUGUCCAUCUGUGACUUUACAGCUUCAAAAACAAACAUGGUGCUGAUCCAUUCACAAAUCUGGGGGCUUCAAAACAGCAACCCUGAAAAAUAUACAGUCUAUAACAACUCAGAGGUGUGUAAACUUUUACAUAAGUUAAUAUUGUUUGUUGCACCUUUUAAUUGGGAUAAUGUAAUGACCUGUCCUCUGGAGGUUUCUACCUCUUUUGUCUUUGUUUUAAUCUCUGAAAUAUUAUCAUAAAUGUAAAAAAAACAAGUCAUCAAAUGCAAAAAGGGACAACACUGCAAAUGUGCAUUAUUAUUAUUAUUCAGUUGUCAUGGCAACUCCAGACUCUAAACAUUCAACUUUACAACCUGUGAACUACUCUGAAGUCUCCAUCCUCGUGCUUCCAUCUUAGUUUGUGUCAUAAAUAGUCGCUCCAUAUUAACUCUAGUGUCUUAGUUAAAAGUGAGAGAAGAACAAAGUGUUUACAAUCCACUUAAAUAGGCAGUAAAAUGUGACGCAACACCUGCGUGAGUCUGUCUGACUGCAGUUCACAACAAGUUCUCAUCAUAAACAGCUCGCUACCUAUAACCCCGGUUUCCCAGAAUGCACCCUGCCUUACCGAUCAUGUUUACCCGUAAAGCACAAUGGUGACACUGAAGCUGAAUUCAGUCAGAACAUGUUGAAACAUGAAGAACGCUCACUGUUGUGUCGCAGUAUUACUGUCUGCUGUACAUGUGACGUAGUGACUCUGGGUUAGUUUUUAUAUGAACCAUGCACUGUUGUAUGAUGAAGCCAGAAAGCAUAUUUUGUAUUAAAGAAAUUGUUCUUAA